AUGUCGCCGGCGAUCAGAAACCUCUCGACGACAAAUUCACAACAUAACUCUAAUUCUUUCACAUAUCGGCUGUCGGCUGCCUCAUCACCAAAGCGUGCGCCUGCGCGAGUACCGCAGUACGGCAAGGACUAUUGGAAUCUCGCAUCGACCCACGCCAAUCCCAGUCCGCCAUAUCUAUCAUCCACCAAGCGCGAUUCGGGAGAAGAUGCCUUCUUCGCAUCCACAAUAGGCGGAAGUAAGCAUAAUGUGGCAUUCGGUGUCGCAGAUGGUGUAGGAGGCUGGGCGGAUUCUGGCGUGGACCCCUCUAUUUACAGUCAAGCACUUUGUGGGUUGAUGGCAGGCACAUCCUACAUUCACGAAGGCUGGGCGUCGGGGAAUACUUUCAAACCAAGGGACCUGUUACAAACAGCAUAUGAUGCCGUGAUGCAAAACCCUCGUAUUGAGGCGGGAGGAUGCACUGCGAGCUUGGCUAUCGCAGAUGCAGAGGGCAGAAUGGUGACUGCAAAUCUGGGAGAUUCAGGUUUCCUGGUGCUAAGUCCAGGGAAGGUGGUUCACAGAUCAACAUCACAGACCCACGCAUUCAACACACCCUAUCAAUUCUCCAAAUUAACGCCCAGAAUGCAAGCGCAACAGUACAUCUUCGGCGGCACCGAACACUUCAGUGAAACUCCCGCGGAUGCAGACGAGACCUUAUAUGACUUGAAACACGGCGACAUCGUGCUCUUCGCCACCGAUGGCGUCUGGGACAAUCUCUCUGCCCAAGACACCCUCGCGAUCGCGACCAAAGUCAUGCAAGACGCUGGCUACUGGUCAAAGCCGCAAGGCUCCUCCUCCUCGAGCAACGAGACCAUCCAAGACGACGCUCGGAUCCGCGCGCUACCGACAAUCAUCAACGAUAGCAAUUCGGAAUCUUACCUGCCCGGCCUUCUCUCCAAGGCGGUCAUGCGGGAGGCCAAGGUCACCGGUCUGGAUAGGAAACGCAACGGCCCGUUCGCAAAGGAGGUUCGUCAGAGAUAUCCGAGCGAAGGCUGGGUCGGUGGGAAACCCGACGAUAUCGCCGUCGUGGUAUGCAUUGCUGUUCAAGGUGAAGCUGAACAAGCCACCGACGGUGGCAGCGCUGGCAUCAAAGCCAAAUUGUAA